AAACAAAAAAAAACUGCUUAGGCCUUAGAUCCAUACAUUGGCACCGGAUCCCGCUGCUUCCGCCGGAAUCAAACCUUUCUCCGCUGCUUCUUUUCUCACCGGAGUAAAAGAGCCCGCGGCGGUGGUUUCCCGUCCGUCCAUGUUCAGAGAAGAAACGCCAUUUCUGCUCAAGGACGAAGUCGCCGCUGCCCUAUCUGUUCCUUGGAGAUCCGCUGCACUGCCAGAGGUAACGCCGGAAGCUUUCUCUUCAUCCAGUGGCAGUUGAGCACUUUCCAUGAAGUCUUGGUGAAUGACACUAGCCUGGGAACUGAGGUUGGGAUGCAAAACUCUUCACCUGAAGAAGUGUCUGCAUUGGUUGGCAACAAUUUUUUUCAUUGUUCAAAAUUACAAAAUCAUUACACAGAAGCUGCUGUAGUGGAAUGCAGGUUUGUUGAUGAUCAUGGCAUCACAAGUUAUCCUCCCACAGAUGCAAGCUCAGAGACCAAGUUUAGUACAGACAAAUCUGACCAGAAAGUACUAAGUAGAACUGACAUUUCAAAUAAGAGUACAGAGCUUGAUAAUGGCCAACAUAGAUCAAUUGUUGUUCAAAUUUCCAAAAUUGUGGAUUCAUCUACCUCAAUCAAUGGAGACAUGCAUUGUGAUGCUACCCUUGAAUCUGGGAUGGAACAUCUGAGAAGCUUUGUUGAUAACAAUGGAAGUCCACCAAGCCACCAUAAAAAUUUGGAUGUUCAAUACAGUGGUUCUGACAUAAGUAAUGAUGAAAAUUUGGUGAGCCAAGAAUCUGUGGUUGCUGAGAAAUCUUGGAGCAAUGAAGCAUUGAAUACCUCAUUGGAUGUUUCUUCAGCUAACAGUGUUGCUGGACAAGAUGUUAGUACUGGAACUGUUGGUUACCUUAAGAAACUAUUCCAGUUUUUGAUCAAGAUGCCAAGGUUUGAUGAUGAAAAGAUGAGAGAGCACAUCAGACUUGCACAGCUACAGGUUGAUGAGAAGACCCGAAGUAGGGAUGCUAUUUGGCAGGAAAUAAAAAAGAAAAGAGACAAUUGCCAACAUUAUGGUGUUGAAUUUGAAGCUGCCAAAUCAGAAGAGAGAGCUGCCCGAAGGCAGGUCAGAUCAAAGCGUGCUGAAAUUGAGCAUCUUCAAACUGAAAUUAAUAGAGUAAAGAAUGCAAUUUCUAUUGAGGAGAUAGAUGCAAGGAUAUGUAGCAUGGAAUGCAUGAUAGAACAUGAAACUCUUCCUUUAAAGGAGGAAAAUAAGUUAAUUCGAGAAAUUAAGCAACUGAAGCAACUGCGUGAUCAAUUAUCUACCAAUAUAGGUAGUUGUGUUGAAGUCCAGCAGGCUCUGGAUAAUAGAUCUCAAAUUGAGGAGAAUUUAAAGAUUUUGAAAAAAGAGCUUGAUAGCCUCAAAAACGAAGUAUCAAAAGCUGAAGCUGUUGCUCUGGCAGUAAGUUUGCAAUAUGAAGAAGAAAGCAAAAUGCACAAGGAAUUGCGAGCUCUGUAUAACGCUGCCAAUGAAAGUCGCCAAGCUGCAUAUGAAGACCUGCAGGUUUUGAGAAAGACACUAUACGAGAAGAACAAGCAUUUUAGAAUGUACAAAGAUGCUACAACCACUGCCAAUAGUCAUGCUGCAUGCCAAGAGAUUGAGGCUCUGCAUCACCUUUGUUCCAAUCAGGUUGAGAAGUAUAUGGAAGUCUGGAACAGGGAUGAAAAAUUUCGUAAGGAAUAUGUGAGGUGCAACAUGCAGAGUACAAUUAGGAGAUUGGGAACUUUGGAUGGUCGUUCUCUUGGCCUUGAGGAGUCUCCACCAGUGCUUCCGGUAUAUGUAGUUGGAAGAACUAAUAAGUUGGGUUCCAGCACAUCAGUUGACUUGAUCUCCCCAAACUUGCUAUCGCCACAGGAAGAUCUAGUGCUUAUCAAGGAUAAUGAAGACACAACCAGAAACCCCGUGCUGAAAGUUGCAGGGCAAAAGGCUGAACAAGACCGGAAAAAAGAGCCCGUGAUGUCUAAUUUGGAGAAUGUGGAACACAUACAAACAGAGGAAUUAGAGGCUUGGAAGGAUGAUGAGCUUGGAAAGCUUGAGACUGCCGUUAGACAGAGAGAGCAAUGCCGGUUGGAGGAGAUCAUCAAGGCCAAGGAGGCAUUGGAGAGGAAAAAGCGGAAUGCGGAGAAGGCUCAAGUGAGGGCUGAAUUACGGGCUCAGAAGGAAGCAGAACAAAGAGAGAAGGAAAAGGAGAAGAGAUUGAGAAAGAAGGGGAGGAAGAAGGGCAGCAUUGGCGAAGCUGGUAACGAGAACGAAAGUGCUUCAAUCUGUGAGACUACUAUAAAAGAUACCAUGAUCGAGAACGAAAGCAAGGAAUCAAAGGAUGAGUGUGGUAGAAAAUCUCAGAGAGCGCCUCAGUGCACGAAGCAAAGCAAGACAAAAUCAAUUCCUCCGCCGCUUAGAAACAAAAGCAAGAGGAGAAUGCAGCAGUGGGUAAGGAUAAUUUUCACAUCCUUUGCUGUUAUCGUUUUGUUCCUGCUCGGAAACAUUGGCUUCUUUGCCAGUCUUAAGCAGCGCCAAAAUGUGUCAUAAGUCACUCCCUUUUUUCUUCUUUUUAGUAAUAAAAACACACUAGUGCCGCGGGCACGACUACAUAUUUUUAGUACAACAUUGGUCUGGGGCGAGUCUGUGGGGGAGGGGGGGGGUGGGUGGGGGAAUGGACUCGACUCUGAGUAUAGUGGCUCAGGAUUACUAACCAUUAAAGGAUUUAAAGCUAUGGACGCUCCACGCUUUUUUUAAAUAUCUAAAAGGCAUGGGGUUCAUCUACGUUUCAAUAGUUAUACAUGAGAUCUUUUUUUCUUUGGUAUAUACUUUUUUUUGUUUCAGUACAUGAGUCCAAUGAUCUUUGGAUUAUCUUGAUGUAUUUGUCUCCUUUGUGCUUAAAGAAUUGAAAUAAAGUAGUACUUCCUUC